GACGGCCUCGCCUGGUGCGGCUUCGGCCUGCGCCACCCUCCUCCCUUCCCACCAGCCUCAGGCGGUGGCCGCCGCCGCCGCUCACCCUUUCCCGCUGGCCAUGCUGCGGCGCGGGGUCCGACCCUUCCCUCAGCGCGGCGGGGCCAUGUGAAGAGCCGGCUGACACCUCCCUCAGAAAUGGAGGCGAACAACCAUUUUAAUUUCACUGGCCUUCCCUCUUCACCUGCUGCCUCAGGACAGAAACCUGCGCCUUCCUCAGGGGACAAUGUCUACACAAAUGGAUCUCCCAUGAACUUCCCUCAGCAAGGGAAAAGUUUGAAUGGAGAUAUGAAUGUUAAUGGCUUAUCUACUGUAUCUCAUGCUAGUACUUCAGGGACCCGCUCCUCAACCAACUCACACCUCCAACACCCCUAUGACUAUCUCUGGAACUACUCUCAGUACCCAUCUGGCAAUGGCAACAACCUCAAGGACAGCCCACUGUUCUCCCAGUAUCCACUGAAUGGUAUUGCUGGAGGCAAUCGGCAAGGCUCACCGGGGCACACCACCAAUGUGAGGGGAAGUGGCAGUGGGCAAGAGUUCUGGGCAAACGGCACUCCAGGGACCAUGGGACUUAACUUUGAUUCAACAGAGCUCUAUGACUCUUUCCCUGAUGAUCAGAAUUUUGAAAUCCUGCAAAAUGGCCCAUCCAGCUUCUACACAUCAUCUCAGCCUUCCCCUAUGCUUGGCUCUGGCAGCCAGGACUUCUCGCCACAGCAGGAUGAACCAGGCAAUGAGGAGCCAGUGAAGGAAACCUCCUCGGCAGUCUCAGAAAAUGGCACCAGAUUGAUUGGCAGCAUGGAGCUGGAGAACACGCAGCCAGAGUUGAAAAUAUGUGGCUACAGUGGUCCUUCUCCUGUUGGUGAGCCUCUCAGCCAGGAAGCUUCUGUCUUGGAACCUGAUGCUGGAGGUGGUUGUCUGGAAGAUGCUUCUCGGAUUCCUCCUCCACUGGAGGACCCCUUGGAACCAUUCGAAUCACUGGACAGAGACCCAGGGACAGGAGAUCUUUAUGAAAUGGAUACAUCCGAGCUGGUGAGUGGCAAAUCUCCUCUGGAGGACCCUUCUGACAUCUCUGCCCUGGAUUGUCCUGGCAGCCCCUCUCUCAACCCUUCCGACUCAUUCAGUCUAUUGGCAGAUGACAGCCAGCCUGACACCUCACUUUUUGGAAAUGCCAGUUUGGCACCUGUUCUUGAAGAGUCUGUUUUGCAAGAAAGCAGCCUGGAGUUAACAGCUGUGAGUGAAGUAGGACAAGAGGGCACAGAAUUUCUGGAUUCACAAGCACCACUUGAACCAGAAGCUCUAGGUAGCCAAGAGGUAGCCAAGAGCAGUUGCCCAGAAGACUCCACAUCCAUGAUAGAUGGGGACAGUAAAGAGGCCUCAACAUUUAGUGUGUCAGCAAAAAGUGAUGUUCCAAGAAGGCGGAUAGCCACAGCAGAAGAGGUGCGAUACCCCUUAAAGCAUGGGUGGCGAAGGGAGGUGUAUAUCAAGAAGGGAAGCAACCGUUGGCAGGGAGAAACCUGGUACUAUGGGCCCUGUGGCAAGAGGAUGAAGCAGUUUCCGGAGGUGAUAAAGUAUCUGAGCAGAAACAUUGUGCAGAAUGUCUGUCGUGAACACUUCAGCUUCAGUCCUCGAAUGCCAGUAGGAGACUUCUUUGAAGAACGAGAUACACCCCAGGGCCUGCAGUGGGUGCAGCUGACACCUGAGGAAAUUCCUUCCCGGAUCCAGGCCAUCACAGGCAAACGUGGCCGACCCCGCAAUACUGAGAAAGCCAAGGCGAAGGAAAUGCCCAAGGUGAAACGUGGCCGGGGCCGACCUCCCAAAGUGAAAGUGCCUGACCUGCUGAGCAAGAUGGAUGCCAGGGUUCUGAAAAGACUGGAAGCCCAAGAGGUGCUCAGUGAUGAAGAUAAGCUGAAGAUGAGCAAGAUCAAAAAGAAAAUGAGGCAAAAGGUGCAAAAUAAGCAGAGGCAAGAGUCCAAGGCACUCAAGUCCAAAGAGGUCAAGGCCAAGGAAGUAAAAAAGAAGCCGAAGGUAAAGAAGGAGAAGAACAAGCCAGAAAAGAAUAAGCCAGAGAAGCUGAAGGAGAAGGCAAAGCUGAAAGAAAAAGUGAAGCCCAAGGAAAAAAAGCUGCCAGUACCAGCCAAGGUUCCCCGAAAGGUGGAUAAGAAUCUUCUAGCUCGGCGUCAGGAAGAACGACAGCGGCAGCAAAUGAUUCUGGAGGAAAUGAAGAAGCCCACUGAAGAUAUGUGUCUAGGGGACCACCAGCCUCUUCCAGAAUUUUCUCGCAUCCCUGGAUUGGUUUUGCCCAGCCAUGCUUUCUCAGACUGCUUGGCCAUUGUGGAAUUCCUACACAACUAUGGCAAGGUGCUGGGCUUUGAUGUAGCCAGGGAGGUUCCCAGUCUGAGUACCCUGCAAGAGGGCCUCUUCAAUGUAGGCGAUAGUUUGGGUGAAGUGUUGGACCUCCUGGUAAAGCUGGUGAAGGCUGCACUGUAUGAUCCUGGCCUCCCUCCCUUCUGCCAGUCGCUGAAGAUCCUCGGUGAGAAGCUCUCUGAGAUAAGCCUGAACCGUGACACUGUGUCUGAGAUCCUUCGCUGCUUCCUCAUAGCCUAUGGGGCAGAUGAGAACCUAUGUGACUGCUUGCGCACUAAACCCUUCCAGGCACUAGCCCCUGACAAAAAGGCUGCUGUGCUGGCCUUCCUCGUCAAUGAACUUAACAGCAGUGCCCUUAUCAUCAAUGAAAUUGACAAGACCCUAGAGAACAUGUCUAACCACAGGAGAAAUAAAUGGAUCAUUGAAGGAAAGCUGCGCAGGUUAAAGAUUGCUCUAGCCAAGAAGACAGGACGCCCCGAGUCAGAAAUCACAGGCUUGGAGGAAGGGCGGUGGCGGCGGAGCUCACGCAUUAAUGAAGAGAAUGAGGACAUGGAAAUGGAGGAGGAGAGAAGCAGAGCAUGCAGGACACGGAAAGACAAUGAGCAUGACACUCCGGUUUCCAGUGUGCCUGAGCUGGAGAGACAAAUUGAAAAGCUUUCCAAGCGCCAGAUGUUCUUCCGCAAGAAGUUGCUCCAUGCUUCACAGCUGCUACGGGCUUCAUCCCUGGGGCAGGAUCGAUAUCGACGUCGGUAUUGGGUGCUGCCUCACCUAGGUGGGGUCUUCGUAGAAGGUUGUGAGGUUUCAGCAGCAGCUUCCCCUGAGAUAUCCAAGAACUUGCCAGACAAGGAAGAGGCCCUGAAGGAGGAAGAACCUGAGGCAUUGCCCAUCAAACAAGAGACCACUGAGACACCACCGGUUACUGAUUAUGUAAAUGGCACAACUUCUUGGUCGUGGAGCCGGCCGUGGAGGGACAAUAUGCUGCUGCCUGAGUCGUCGGAGCCCAAGUUGCCAGAGCCCGCCCCCAUGUCUGUCAAUGGAUUUUUGGAGGAUUGUGUGCCCAUGGGCCAAUCCCAGCAUGACCUCAGCCAGUCGGCCUUCCUGUCCUGGCUCAGCCAGACACAGCAGGCAUCCUCGCUGCUCAACAGUUCUGUGCUUACCCCAGACAGCAGCCCUGGCAAAGGGGACCCGUUACCCCCAGAUGAGCUGCCAGACUCUGCCGCAGAGGAUGAAAGUGCCACAGAAACACAGGUUGCCUGGUUCAAUCUGCUGCCCCGGGCACCCUGUAAUGACUCUCCAAUUACUACCUCCGUUGAACAACCCUCUAUAAAAGCUGCCCCCCAUACCUGCAAGCCCCCGACCAGGGACCAGUCAAAGGCUUCGACCCGGCAGCUGAAUGGCCUUUCCACCGCCAGCCCAGCAUUGCCACAACUGGCCUCCACCCCUCUCCAUUCCAGCUCCAGGUUUCACAGUACUUGCUCCUCAAGAGCCAAGGACAUCCCCAUUAAAUCCCAGGAACCGCUAGGGCAGCCGAGACGACGGGGGCGCCCCCCUACAAAACUCUUCAAGCAAAUUGAGCAGAAAUAUUUGACACAGUUGACAGCACAGCCUAUACCUCCAGAGAUGCAGAGUGGCUGGUGGUGGCUGCAGGAUCCAGAAGAGCUGGAAGCCGUGGUGCAGGUUCUGCACCCACGAGGGAUCCGCGAGAAAGCCCUGCACAAGCACCUUAUCAAGCACAAGGAGUACCUACGGGAGGUGUGUGCCCGAGCUGCCAAUGAUCCCAUCUUCCAGACCCAUCCUGAGGAUGCCGCCCACCCUGUCUCUCAGGAAACCUUGGCCCAGUGGUCGAUGGCUGAGCGGGCCUUUGAGGCAGACCUGUCUGUUCUGCAGUGGGUGGAGGAGCUGGAGCAGCGGGUACUCAUGGCUGAUCUACAGAUCCGAGGCUGGACAAGUCCAGAGCCUGAUUCUGCUCGGAACGACUUGCAGUACUGUGAGCAUCAGCUGGAGCUUCUGGAAGACAUCACCAUAAAAAACCGGCGUGAAGGACCAGCUAUGAAGCGUGAAACCACCAACCCUUUAGACCUAGCUGUGCUUCGCCUGACAGAGCUAGAGAAGAACUUGGAGCGGAGAUACCUCAGAGAGCCCCUCUGGCCUCCUCACGAGGUGGUGGUAGAAAAAGCUUUGCUGAGUAACCCCAGUAACCUUGAGCUGGGUACCACAGAAAUUGCAUACGAGAUCACACCGCGGAUGCGAAUGUGGCGCCAGACCUUGGAGAGAUGCCAUAGUGCAGCCCAAGUUUCUCUGUGCAUCUACCAGCUGGAGCGUUCUGUUGCCUGGGAGAAGUCCGUUGUCAGAGCGACUUGCCUAGUGUGCCGGAAAGGGGAUGAUGAUGAGAACCUGCUGCUAUGCGAUAGCUGCGAUCGUGGCUGCCACCUCUACUGCCACCGGCCCAAGAUGACCGAGGUGCCGGCCGGUGACUGGUUCUGCUCCCUCUGCAUCGCUCAGAUGCAAAGAGAAUACCAGGAUGACUAUGGCUCUCCACGACGCGGCAAGAAAAGAAAAAGUGGAAGUUCCGGGGCUUUUUUUGGAAAGGAAGAGCUCAGGCCCCGAUCUCGGUCAUCAGCAAACCAGCAGCGCAGUAACCUGGCCAACGUACCGCCCCGAUACUCGGGUGAAGGCCUAUCUCCUUCCAAGCGAAGAAGAGUGUCUACACGAGGCCAGAGUGCCGACCUCACCUUCUGCGAGAUCAUCCUGAUGGAGAUGGAAUCACAUGAAGCUGCCUGGCCUUUCUUGGAACCAGUUAAUCCCCGGCUAGUGCCUGGCUAUCGGAAAAUCAUCAAAAACCCUAUGGACUUCACCACCAUGAGGGCACGGCUGCUGCGCGGCGGGUACACAAGUUGUGAGGAGUUUGCUGCUGAUGCUGCCCUGGUGUUCGACAACUGCCGGACCUUUAAUGAGGAUGAGUCCGAGGUGGGCAAGGCAGGGCUGACCAUGCGCCAGUUUUUUGAGAGCCGGUGGGAGGAGUUUUAUCAGGGAAAACAGGAGACAGACCCAUGAAGCUGGCAGAAUGGGGAGAGAUGAGAGGAGCCAAAGGCGAAGCCCUCCCAUUUCAAAACCCUGUGCUGCACACUGUCUCUUCUGGAGCUCAUCUUGCUACCUGCUGAUUAAUGUUUCCCCCUCUCACAAUGAUUGGACUUGGAUUGGCAUUUAACAAUGGGGCGGCUUUACUCACCGCCUGGAUCCUCAGAAGCCCCCCCUCCUCACUUCUUCGCUCUAAACAACACAAACUCUGAACUGUGUAAGCCAAAAAAAAAGUUCAUUUUUUUCAAAUGGAGAAACAACCACCCACAACCCCAGCUUAGCUGGGGCUAUUUAAUAAUAGCAAUAGUUCUUAGUGAAUGUGUAAGAACACUUUUUUCUGUGCAGUGUCAGUACCAUGCAUUAAUGGCCAGUAACGUGAA